CCCGGAGGAAAACUCUUCCCCGAAAGAGGCUGUGCUCCGCGUGGGGCCCUUUUAGUCGCUUGAGUCGGGAAGGCCUGGAUUCCCAGAUCGGUGGUUAUUUUGCGUGGCGUCGCCACCAGGUUCAGGAUGCAAAAAUGUGGAAGGCGCGCUACAAAUAGAUACAAAAAGUUUUGCGGUCCUGAACUGGUUGCCAUCAUAUUGCAUUAAGCGGUUUAAGGCGCUGGGCUCUGCGGCGAGGCAUGGCCAAAUCCACCUAGUUGAGUGGGUUCAGUUCCAGCUGAGAAAAAGAUGCCUGUUUAAUUCCACGUGGCUCUAUUCUACUUCUCGUGGGCUCUGUGUCAACAGCAUGUAGGCCCGCGCCCAGCGCUGUCUUGGAUGUUCUGGGGAUGCUCUUUUGAGCAGAGAACACCUUUGCGGCCUCCGCAGGGUGGCUCGCUCUGCCUGGGACAAGCUGACCUGGAGGCAAAAGAAAAUUCAGCUUUCUCUUCGCCCCGUUCCCCCGACACCUGCACUGUGAUGUUCUUGAACUGGGAAAGUUGUGCCUCUGUCCUAACGACUGGAUUUCUUCAUCCCGCUCCCCUUCAGAUGGCGGCGCGGAAGAUGCUUGUGCUGUAUGGCAGCCAGACAGGAACUGCCCAAGACGCUGCUGAGAGGCUUGGUCGGGAAGCCAAGCGGCGCCGUUUCCAGUGUAAGGUCGAGGCCCUGGACAACUACCAGGUGGCAAACUUGAUUCAGGAGCCACUGGUGGUAUUUGUUUGUGCAACCACAGGACAAGGAGACCCUCCAGAUAAUAUGAAGAAUUUCUGGAAGUUCAUAUUCCGAAAGAACUUGCCUCCGACUUCCCUGUGUCAGAUGGACUAUGCUGUUUUGGGGCUUGGGGAUUCCUCAUAUCCCAAGUUCAACUUUAUUGCCAAAAAACUGCACAGGCGGCUUCUUCAGCUUGGAGGCAGCCCCCUUGCACCAGCUGCACUGGGAGAUGACCAGCACGACUUGGGACCAGAUGCAGUUAUUGACCCCUGGCUUUUAAGUUUAUGGGAAAAGAUCUUAGAAUUGUAUCCUCUUCCCUCUGGCCUCCAUGUGAUUAGUCCCAAUAUCCUAUUACCACCCAAGUACACCUUUCAGUUACUGGACGAGGCCUCUGGUGACCUCAGCGUGGCACCUCUGCAACCAGAGGAUGCAUCUCGUGAUGUUCCCUCCGAGAUGAACUCUUUCUCUGCCCAGAUGGUGUCCAAUCGGAGGGUGACAUCAGAAUCCCAUUUCCAAGAUGUCCGUCUCAUUGAAUUUGAUAUUGCUGGCUCUGGAAUCAAGUAUGCUGCAGGUGAUGUCGUGAUGAUCCAGCCACGCAAUGGUCUUGAGGAGGUGCAUCUUUUCUGUAGCCUCCUGCGCCUGGACCCAGAUGCCUGCUUCAUGCUGAGGCCAACAGAGGCAGGUACUCCUCUACCUGCUCCUCUGCCCCAGCCCUUCACCGUCCGCCACCUGGUGACCCACUACCUUGACAUCACCUGCGUCCCUCGUCGCUCCUUCUUUGAGUUUCUGUCCCACUUCUCUCCGAACGAACUAGAGCGAAGUAAGCUGCAGGAAUUCAGCUCAGCCCAAGGCCAGGAGGAGCUUUAUGCUUACUGCAACCGGCCCCGCAGGACCAUACUUGAGGUCCUCUGCGACUUCCCUCACACAACUUGUGCCAUUCCAUGCGAUUAUCUGCUAGACCUCAUUCCACGGAUCAGACCCCGGGCCUUCUCGAUUGCUUCCUCGAUGCUGACGCAUCCCAAUCGAAUUCAGAUCCUCCUGGCCGUGGUGCAUUACAAGACUUGUCUCAGUAAAGCUCGGCGUGGCCUGUGUUCUACGUGGCUGGCAUCUCUCAGUCCACAGAAUGGGACGGCGCAGGUUCCUCUUUGGGUGAAGAAAGGGAUGCUGAAAUUCCCGGUGGAACCAGGCACUCCAGUAGUCAUGAUUGGACCUGGCACCGGAGUGGCCGUUUUUAGAGCAGCAAUACAGGAGCGAGUUGCCCAGGGCAAAACAGGAGGGAACUGUCUGUUCUUCGGCUGCCGAAAGAAAGCCAAAGAUUUUUACUGUCAGGCAGAGUGGGAGGAACUGGUGAAAAGGGGACUCCUAAUGCUCUUUGUGGCCUUUUCCCGGGAUCAGCAUCCAGAAGCCCUGGACUUCAGCUCCCAUGAAAUUGGUACACACCAGAUCAAGGGCAGCUCUGAAACCAUCCUUUGGAAGGUUGAAAGCAGGAGCCAUGUUUGCACUGAGGAAGAGAAGAUUUAUGUCCAGCACCGUAUCAGAGAGAACAAGGAGCUUGUGUGGGACCUGGUGAAGCACAAGGAGGCCCAGAUCUACCUAGCCGGAAAUGCCAAGCAGAUGCCGGAGGCAGUGGCAGAAGCACUGAAGUUUGUCUUCCAGUCAGAAGGAGGCCUCUCUGCUCCAGAAGCGGAGGAGUAUCUUGCCCGCUUGGCACAAACCCGCCGCUUCCAAGCUGAGACCUGGUCUUGAGCUGCCAUGGAAUCUGGGAUGGAUGGGGAAGCUUCUCACCAAGGACCGAACCAACGUAGCCAGUGUGGUGGCGCAAACAAUAAAUCAAGCCAGGCCACCUGAGCCCUCCACAGCUUGGCUGCUGCAUUUCA